CCUCCCCUCGCCGCGGCCAGCCGCCGCGCUCCCGCCCGGACGCCCAGCUAUGUACUCCCCGUACUGCCUCACCCAGGAUGAGUUCCACCCGUUCAUCGAGGCACUGCUGCCUCACGUCCGCGCCUUCUCCUACACCUGGUUCAACCUGCAGGCGCGGAAGCGCAAGUACUUCAAGAAGCACGAGAAGCGGAUGUCGAAGGACGAAGAGCGUGCGGUGAAGGACGAGCUGCUCGGCGAGAAGCCCGAGAUAAAGCAGAAGUGGGCAUCACGGCUGCUGGCCAAGCUGCGCAAAGACAUCCGGCCCGAGUUCCGCGAGGACUUUGUGCUGACCAUCACGGGCAAGAAGCCCCCCUGCUGCGUGCUCUCGAACCCCGACCAGAAGGGCAAGAUCCGGCGGAUUGACUGCCUGCGACAGGCUGACAAGGUGUGGCGGCUGGACCUGGUGAUGGUGAUUUUGUUUAAGGGGAUCCCCCUGGAAAGUACUGAUGGGGAGCGACUGUACAAGUCGCCUCAGUGCUCCAACCCCGGCCUGUGCGUCCAGCCACAUCACAUUGGAGUCACAAUCAAAGAACUGGAUCUUUAUCUGGCUUACUUUGUCCACACUCCCGAAUCCGGACAAUCAGAUAGUUCAAACCAGCAAGGAGAUGCGGACAUCAAACCACUGCCCAACGGGCACUUAAGUUUCCAGGACUGUUUUGUGACUUCGGGGGUCUGGAAUGUGACGGAGCUGGUGAGAGUAUCACAAACUCCUGUUGCAACAGCAUCAGGGCCCAACUUCUCGCUGGCAGACCUGGAGAGUCCCAGCUACUACAAUAUAAACCAGGUGACCCUGGGACGGCGGUCCAUCACCUCCCCUCCUUCCACCAGCACCACCAAGCGCCCCAAGUCCAUCGAUGACAGUGAGAUGGAGAGCCCUGUUGAUGACGUGUUCUAUCCUGGGACAGGCCGUUCCCCGGCAGCUGGCAGCAGCCAGUCCAGUGGGUGGCCCAACGAUGUGGAUGCAGGCCCGGCUUCUCUAAAGAAGUCAGGAAAGCUGGACUUCUGCAGUGCCCUCUCCUCUCAGGGCAGCUCCCCACGCAUGGCUUUCACCCAUCACCCGCUGCCUGUGCUUGCUGGAGUCAGACCAGGGAGCCCCCGGGCCACAGCGUCAGCCCUGCACUUCCCCUCCACGUCUAUCAUCCAACAGUCGAGCCCGUACUUCACGCACCCGACCAUCCGCUACCACCACCACCACGGGCAGGACUCGCUGAAGGAGUUUGUGCAGUUUGUGUGCUCGGAUGGUUCAGGCCAGGCCACAGGACAGCAUUCGCAACGACAGGCACCGCCUCUGCCAACCGGUUUGUCAGCAUCGGACCCCGGGACGGCAACUUUCUGAACAUCCCACAGCAGUCUCAGUCCUGGUUCCUCUGAUAAGAUCAACAAAAGAACAAAAUGAAAAGAAGAGGUUCCUCAAAAGGGGGGAGAAGAAAUUUUGAGACAUGGAAAAAUCCCCCAGCCCAGCCCAGCCCCACCGAAAAGCAAAAAUUAGACGUCGUCAGCCACUCAGCCCUUCUCUCCUCCAGCCCGGGGACCCCCGCGGGCCCCAGAAGCAGCCCAGUUCUCGUAGAGCCCUCUAAAGGGGUCUCGGUGGAGCUGUGCACCAGCAGCCAAGCAGAAAGAAACAUGCGACAUGGACUCUGUCAAGUAGAGGACAGAAAGGAUGCAACAGAACUGCCUUCCUCCACUGCCCACCCGUCCUGGCCUUCUGGGGAAGGAACAAAGUCCCCAAACAAAGCAACCAGCACAGUUGUGAAGGGGCCUAGCCCCCACUCACACUUUUCCUAGGGGAACCCCACCCUAAGGAGUGUGGAGUACCAGCUUGUAAAGAUGAUGGAGUGUAGGUCCCGCGGGUUCUUCCCCCCAGACUCCGCCCCUCUCUCCCUUGAUUUUUGCCGGGGCUCCGGCUUCUUCCUCCAGCUGCUCCGGACCAGGCUGGGAGGGCAGCCUCCACUUCCCCUGCCCCACCCUCAGGCUAAAAGCCCCCAGGCGGGCAGGGAGCGACCCCUGGAGCUAGCUUCAGGAGCCCAGAAUGGUGUUCUGCUACCCACCCUGAGCCGCAGGGACAGUUCCCCGGGCCGGACCCCUCUGUACAGUCCGUAGGAAAAAAGUCGGAAUGCUCUCGACGGCCUUGGCUCCCUGGUCUCUCUCCCUCCAGCCAAGCCUUGAGGGAACGGAGUUGGGCCCCAGGUCGCCCCCGCCCCCAGCCCUGCAUGCAGGUGUCCUAGCUCCGCCCCAUCGGCCCCUGCCCUGCCCCUCACGCAGACAGCCCUGCUGGGGCCAGGCCGGAGAGUGGAGCAGAAAGGGGACCCCGGAGCAGAGCGAGGAAGAACAGGCAGCCGCCACUGCCGUCGCUAAGCCACCACCUGCGCCUAGGUAGGCGUCCUGCUUGCCGACUUUCAGUUCCAUUGGAGGGUGUUGGGUGUUGUCCUUUUCAAAAGUGUUUUGGAGCUUUCUGUCCCCCACCACCACCACCUCCCCCCUUUCCCCCACGGCCACUUCUCUCUGGGUUUUAGCUGUAAUGUCUUUACUCUUUAUUUAGGGGUGGGGCAUUCAUUGUUUGGGUCUUUUGCUGUUGGAAUUGGGAACUCCUCCAUUUGAGCAACUUGGGAACAAUUUAGUAACACACCACAGGAAGUAGCUCUUCCCCCCUCCAGUCCCCUCCUCCCCCAAGGGAUGGUUGGGGGGCCUGUCCAGAGGGUCUUUAGAAGCCCCCCCCCGGGAGGGAGGGGAGCAUGAGCACGCCCAGCCCCCUCCAGGGUGUGACUUGGCCCCCCUGGCUUGUCUUUCUGUGCCUUACUCCCUCCUCCCCGCGUCUCCUCUAGCCCCCUUCUCGAGUCCUUGUGCCUCUCUCUUCUCUUUCUUAACUGUAUGAAAACACAAAGCACAGGUCAGGAUCCUCUGAAAGUCAGUCAAUCCACAUUGCACCACGUGUGGGUGGGUUAUGGGGUUUAUUUAUUGUGAAUCUUGUGAGGCUGUGGCCCUGAGCAGGCGGAGAGAGGCGGGAGGAAAGGGGGCUGUUUGGAGAAGGGAGGAGGGCCACGACCUGGGGCAAAGGGGCUUGCACGGGUAGUUGCCUCCUGCCCAGCUGGAAGCCAAGAGGUGGCUGCUUCUAGGGACGGCUUUUGUUGGAAGUUGAGCGAGGCCUCACCCUUCUCAGCGUGGGAGGAUCCUAGGGCUGAACGGCAGUGGAUCCCGCUGGGGCCUCCCAGGGUGCAGGGGGUAAGGUCCCGGGGGUGGGGGGCCGGGGGGGCCGGGCUUGACGCGCGGUCAAAGUGCAAUGAUUUUUCAGUUCGGUUGGCUAAACAGGGUCAGAGCUGAGAGCGAAGCGGAAGGGGCUCACUGCCCGGCCGCACGCGCCCUUCCUUCGAAGACAGGGCUUCGGGCGCUGUGGGCCCGCGGGAGCCGGAGUAUGCGGGGCGCCCGCCCGGGCAAGGUCGGAAGCUGCAGGCCAGCUGGGCCCCGGCAGAGCGUGCUCGGCGGGGUUGCUAGGGCGGGUGGGUGGGGUGGGGUGGGGCUGCUCCUUUCCCAAGUGGUGUUGUGAGGGGCAAUGAGGGCGACAGGAGAUGUGGGGACGUGUUAGGAGAGAAAAAAAAACCCACAAAAAUAUAUAUGGGGGAAAUGAACUUUUUUUUUCAUUGAACCAAGUGCAAUGCAUCAGAGUUUUCCUAUCUUUGUAUGUUAAGAGAUUGUUAAGAAAAAAAAUUCUAUUUUUGUUGUAAUGUCCUCGCGGCUCUGGGGACGCUAAAAGAACCGGGCCUGCCCCGCCCUGAGCGGGGAUAACGAAAGCUGAGUGUUUUUCCUUUUUUUUUUUUUUGUUCGUUUUCAGGUUUUUUUUUUUUUUUUGAGUCGUUUUCCUGCGUUGACGAGGAUGAUCUGGGGUUUUUAUUUGUUUCGUCGUUCGUUCUCGGUUUCGGUGGGAGGGCUGAAGGAAACGUUCACAUUUAGAGUUUAAAAAAAACACCUCGACAUUUAAAAAUUCAACCAACACAAGAUCAAAAAGGAAAAGGACGAGAGAAAAUUAUUUUUAAGAUAAUUAAACAUAAAACCCUGGUGCUUCUUACAUUAUAAAGUACGUUUUAAAGAACCCACAAACUAUUAUACAUAAGUUUAUGAAUCAAUUAAAUAUCCUGCACUUGUUAGGAA